AUGAACGUCGAGCCGUUAAAUUCCUGGCUCCACUCUAUGAAUGAGUAAAUCUUUUUUGCGCAUUAGAAUUUUUUUUAGGAGACUCAUUCUGAAAGCGCCACUUGAAAUAUCUCUGAUGAUUAAAAUAUGUUGUAUUCUAUAGUUUGGAUCUAAUAGAAGACAAAUUUAAAAUCCCAGAAUUAUCAAUUAUUUUAGGUGCAACUUACAUAUUGGAGGUCAAUAUCAAAAUUUUAGGAUUAUAUAGUUUUGGCGACUAUUGCUAUGAUUUUAAAGAUGUAGUAGCUAUUUAG